AUGGCUUUACCUUCAAACAAGGUGGCCAAUGAUGGGCUGGGAAUCGCGCACCCCCCUACUUCUGCGUUUACUUUACAUUUACGAUUUUGUGUGCGGAACGGUCUCCUUCCGACAGGUGAGGCGUUGUAUGGAGAAGCUUUGACGUCUGGGGUACCAACCCAACCUACUCCUAGCGAACGAGUCGGAUCGGAGCACCAAGUACUCGACAGGCAAAUCAUGUCUCUAGGGAAUAUAGUUCUAUCUGAAGAGUUGGCGAUUGCUAGUUUGACUGCUCGGUCUGCCAUCAUGGCUCAUGUUAUGAUCCGGGCAUGCCCUGUGAAGAGGUUCUCCUGUCCGAGUCGCAGAACAUGUAGUGGUUAUCCCUUUGGCAUUGCUGGCUGCAUUAUGCUCUGA